AUGUACACCUACAACACGCUCAAGGUCGACAAGGGCGACGAUUUCGUGGUGCAUGUCCAGCUGAACCGGGCGAGCCGGCUGAACGCGAUGAAUUUUGAGUUGUGGCGCGAAAUCGGGGAUUGCUUCGAGAAACUAGCCGUCGACCCGGAUUGCCGCGCCGUCGUUUUGAGCGGAAACGGAAAAGCCUUUUCGGUGGGCUUGGAUUUGAAAGAAAACGACGUCAUCACCGGAUUGAGCGAUGAUUCGGCCGAUGACCAGGCUCGCCGCUCGUUUUUGUUGGGACGAAAAAUUCGAUUUUUGCAGCAGUGCUUCACAAAUAUCAACCAGUGCCCAAAACCGGUGAUCGUGGCGACGCAUGGCUAUUGUCUGGGUGGAGGCGUGGACCUGAUCACCGCCUGCGACAUUCGGCUAGCGAGCAAGGAGACCGUUUUCGGGAUCAAGGAAGUCGACGUCGGAAUCGUGGCAGACGUCGGGACAUUGAAUCGGAUCGGGAAAGUUUGCGGGAAUGACAGCUGGAUCCGUGACAUUGCAUUCACCGGCAGAAAUUUUGGGGCCGAAGAGGCGCAGCGAAAUUUAUUGUUGAGUGGGGUGUACAGCUCGAAAGAUGAGACCUUGGCUGAGGCGUUAAAACUAGCAAAGACCAUUGCGGAAAAGAGCCCGGUGGCCGUGCAGGGGACGAAAAUCAACCUCAACUACAGCCGCGAGCACACGACGGCCGACUCGUUGGAGUAUGUGGCAACCUGGAACCAGUCGCAGCUCUUCACCGACGACGUCGCCAAGAGCGCCAUGGCCAUAUUGACGAAAUCGAAGGUGCCCAAGUUUUCAAAGUUG